UAAAUCAGUCAGCAUCGGCUUGUCGAGUACGUCAGUGUUAUAUUUGAAAUCAAUAAUUAUCAUCCGUUUUUCUAAGAUAAGAGAGUUCAAGGUCUACGCGCAGUUCCUUCCUAGCAUACCACAUCGUAGUUCGUCCCGUUUGCAUUUUGUUAAGUAACCUCUACGGCGCGGUCGUGUAAUAAGUAAACACUACAUUCCAUUGUGCAUUUUUUAUUUAUGUGAAACUAAAUUAAGUGUACUUAGAUUUCAAUUCCAAAAGUGACAUCAUGAGUAAUUUACAAGCAGCUCUAACAGAUUUUUUUGAAAAUGUUCAAGUCCUCCCAAUUGUUGUUGGGGUUGGCGCAGUGGUGGUCGUAGCAAACUUACUCAGGCAAUAUCUAUGGGGAAAGAAGAAAGAACCAUGCGCAAGAAAGAGUUCACAGUUAGUCACACUUGUAGACCCAAAUAAGAAGUAUGCUUUACCUCUCAUUGAAAAGGAGGUGAUCAGUCAUGAUACUAGGAGGUACCGUUUGGGAUUACCCUCAUCAGAACAUGUAUUGGGUUUGCCCAUCGGUCAGCACGUCCACUUAUCAGCUAAAAUUGGCGAGGAUCUAGUCAUCAGAUCGUACACUCCAGUAUCGAGUGAUGAUGACAAGGGAUACGUUGAUCUUGUUGUUAAGGUAUACUUCAAAAAUACCCACCCUAAGUUCCCUGAUGGUGGAAAAAUGUCCCAGCACUUGGAGAGCUUGAAGAUAAAUGACACGAUCGACGUCCGAGGACCAUCAGGCCGCCUGCAGUACACCAGCAAUGGAGGUUUCCUCAUCAAGAAGAUGAGAAAAGACCCACCUAUCUGCAUUCCAGUCAAGAAAGUCAACAUGAUUGCAGGUGGUACUGGCAUCACGCCAAUGCUACAGCUCAUUAGGCACAUCUGCACCGACCCUAAUGACUGCACUGAACUCAGACUGUUGUUCGCCAAUCAAACGGAAGAAGAUAUCUUACUCAGAAACGAAUUGGAAAGAUACCAGACAGAAAACGCAGACCAGUUUAAACUUUGGUACACACUGGACACACCCCCUGCAGAUUGGAAGUACAGCACUGGCUUUGUCAACGAGCAGAUGAUGCGUGACCACCUGUUCCCGCCCUCUGACGACGUGUUCGUGCUCAUGUGCGGCCCUCCACCCAUGAUCACCUACGCUUGUAUACCGGCGCUAGACAAGAUCGGCUUCAAGGAAGAACAACGGUUCUCUUACUAAAAUCUUGAUAAAAAUAUGAGAAAUAUGCUGGUGGGGAUUUUGUUGUACACAAAUUGAAGUAAACAUCUAGGCACUAGAUCAAAUCUAAUUGUUAGACUGCUAUUCUAUCAGGGAUGCGUCGCGAAGGCUAAGUUUUUAUCUUAACAGACUUCUUGAUCAAAUAAUCAUGUUUGAGUUUUGAGCAAAAAAUGCUUAUUUACCUAAAAGGUUGACAACUAUAUUUUAAAAAUUACUGUCGAUAUCAAUAUCGUUUUAUAAGCAAUUUGUUAUUUAGUAAGUCAACAACAUAAUCUUCACCUUUUAUUUGGAAUGUUAUUAGCGCUUUAGUAUAUUUGUGAGUGUAGCUUGUAAUAGUAAUUAGUAUUUAAUAUCGUCAAAGCAAUGUAGACUGACUGUAGGAACCAACAUUAUUUAAUGGUCGCAUUUCUAACCCAUACAUAAAUCUUUCCUUUACUGCCGAUUUGAUACUAUAUAAAUUCGCAUUUUAUUAUCUAUCUCUAAGGUUGUUUUAAUAAGUAACAUACUUUUUCAGUUUUAAGAGGAAUUAUGAAACUAGAAAGUUAUAGAAAAAUUUUAAGUUUUUAAAAUAUUUUGAUUUAUCUGAUUUGAGUUUGCCUGUGUGUGUUUUAGUAAAGAACUUGCUAGAUAUAAAUCGUAUAAUUAUGUUACUUUUCCAUGAAUAUACAUACCAUGAAUAAUAAUAUAUCUUUGUAUUAUAUUUACUAUAAUCUUGGCUACCGAGAUGUUUUCACAAAUAUGUAGUGCUUUAUUGAUGUUUAAAUAUAAGUACAUAAAUUCUAACAAUGUUAGUAAAAAAGAAAAAUAAAUAAAUGCAUAUUGUUACUAGA